AUGCAAUCAAACUCGAUUUCGACAACUGCUUCUUUAAAGGCAAAAUCAUCUGUAAAUGAAGUAAACAUUUCAAUUCAAGUGGGAGCAUUGCAUCAUCAACAUUAUUAUUUGAUGAAAAGAGAACAAGUGGUUGAAACUUUUCCUUUUAACUUCGUCAAAUGUCAUCUGUUCGACUUACAUGAAGUUGAUACAAAACAAGAAUUUUUCUGUUUGAAACCUCAAAAGAAAUAUUGA